UUUUAGUAAAAGCCGAUGAAUCUGGCUAAUUAAAAACUCCUGACAAAAGUGAAAGUUUUUACCAUUUGUGUCUACUAAAAGCUGUAUUUCGUUUUGUCAUGUCCGUAUCGCUGGCUCGAUGUUGCAGUCGGAUAUUUGUGUUUUAAGAUAUUGGCAGAGAAUUCUUAGGAGUUAACAGUUGGCAUAACUAUAAACGUGGAUCAGUUUGACAGAAUAAACAACAAAUAGAGAUAUGCAGCAAAUGAUACCCUUGUUAUAAAGCAAUAGACAGCCUUGAAUGGACACAAUCAGCAAAUAGAAUAGCUACUGUAAUUAAAGAAAUUAAAAAUUAAGGUGCUUUUUCAUUAGCCAUGCCAAGUGAAAUGAAGAGGGUUUUUUUUUUUAGCAUAAUUGAUGAAUAGAAUUAAUAUCCAUCACAGACGAGCAAGUGAGUUUGGAUGCGAAAGAUUUUUUCUUUCCUAAAACACUGGUAUAAAGCUGAAAAUAUUUAGUGGAGAGAAAAAAAUGUAUUUUUUGAGAUUAAUCCAAUUGUAUGUGACAGCAAGGAGAAUAUCAGACAUCUGUAGCAUAAAAGAGGUUUUACAUCAGAUACUGAAGACUAAUGGAAGAUGUUUUAAACUAAUAGAUAUAACCAUAUUCAUAUAAUUUAUCUAUGGUGAAUAACUGAAAUAUUUCUUCUGAAUUACUAGCAGCAUUAGUAUUUCACAUUCUCUUUGAACUUGGAAAAUAUCUAUGAAGGUAUUUGUAUCGUUUUUCAGAACUGCCUGAAAUAUAGCAAUAGAAGUAUUUGAAUCAACAAAGAAAUAUCUAGAAAAGGGAGCAAAAAUAUAUUUUGUGCUUGUAUACUAUAGAACAACAAUGAAUCCUCAGGAGAUGACAAAAGAAAGAGAAAAACUAUCAUACCAAUGUGAUGUCUGUGAAAAGUCUUUCUCUAAUGAGGGAAAUCUCACUGUUCGCGAAUGUAUUCCUUCAGGUGAGAAGCAAUAUCAUUGUGAUAUCUGUGGUAAAUCGUUCUCUCAAAAACAAAGACUUACUUCUCACAAAUACAUUCAUACUGGAGAGAAACCAUAUUCUUGUGAUACCUGUGGUAAAUCAUUUUCUUCUCGAGGCACUUUAACCUCUCAUAAAUACAUUCACACAGAAGAGAAACCGUAUCACUGUGAUAUCUGUGAUAAAUCAUUCUCUCAGAAAUGUAGCCUUACUUAUCACAAAUACAUUCAUACAGGAAAUAAACCUUAUCACUGUGACAUAUGUGGAAAGUUAUUCUCUCAGAAGACUAACCUUACUUCGCACAAAUACAUCCACACAGGAGAGAAACCAUAUCACUGUGAUAUCUGUGGUAAGUCAUUCUCUCAGAAGAUUAACCUUACUUCACACCAAUACAUUCACACAGCAGAAAAACCAUAUCACUGUGAUAUUUGUGGCAAGUCCUUCUGUCAGAAGACUGGCCUUACUUCUCACAAAUUCGUUCAUACAGGAGAGAAACCACAUCGCUGUGAUAUUUGUGGUAAAUCAUUCUCUAAAUUACAUACCUUAACUCGACAUAAAUACAUUCAUACAGGGGAGAAACCAUAUCCCUGUGACAUAUGUGGUAAAUCAUUUGCUAUAAAGGAAACAUUAACAAGACACAAAUACAUUCAUACAGGAGAGAAACCAUAUCACUGUGAUAUCUGUGGUAAAUCAUUUUCUUCCACAGGCACUUUGACCUAUCAUAAAUAUAUUCACACAGAAGAUAAACCAUAUCACUGUGAUGUUUGUGGAAAAUCAUUCUGUCAGAAGAAUAGCCUUACUUCUCACAAGUCCACUCAUACAGGAGAGAAACCAUAUCCUUGUGAUAUUUGUGGUAAAUCAUUUUCAUUAGGAAGUCAUUUAACUACUCACAAACUUUCUCAUGAGAGGCCAUAUUUCUGUGAUAUCUGUGGUACAUCAUUCUCACGAAAAAGUAUUCUCACUUCUCACAAAUACAUUCAUACAGGUGAGAAACCAUAUCACUGUGAUAUCUGUGGUAAAUCGUUCUCUCAUAGAGGCACUUUAAUCUCUCAUAAAUACAUUCACACAGGAGGGAAACCAUAUCACUGUGAUGUCUGUGGAAAAACCUUCUCUCAGAAGACCAGGCUUAUCUCUCACCAACACAUUCACACAGGAGAGAAAGCAUAUACUUGUGAUGUUUGUGGUAAAUCAUUCAUGACUAAAAGUAAUUUAACCUCUCACAAAUAUGUUCACACAUGUGAGAAACCAUAUUGCUGUGAUAUAUGUGGUAAAUCGUUCUCACAAAACUGUCGCCUUACUUCUCAUAAAAACAUUCACACUGGAGAGAAUUCAUGUCAGUGUGAUAUCUGUGGUAAAUCAUUUUCUCGUGCAGAUAACUUAACUAGACACAAAUACAUUCAUACAGGGGAGAAACCAUAUCACUGUAAUAUCUGUGGUAAACAAUUCUCUGUAAAACGUGACUUUGCUGUGCAUAAACGCACUCAUACAAGAGAGAAACCAUUUCCGUGUGAUAUAUGUUGUAAAUCAUUCUCUGCAAGAAGUUAUUUGGCCAAACACAAACAGACUCAUACAGAAGAAAGACCAUAAAACCGUGACAUUUGAUAAACCAUUUUCUUGUAGAAAUCACUUAACUGAACCACAUCAUAUUCAUAAAGGUUAAGAUUUAUAUGACUGUUAUCUGUGCUAAAUCAUUGUCUCAAUAAUGUUCCUUAACUAAACAUAUAUUCAUUGAUAUUGAUCAAUAACAACAUCAGUGAUAAAAUAGAUGUCCUGGUGAAUAAAGUACAGCAAUUGUAUCUUUUUUUAUUAAAUAAAUUAAAUUUUUACAUUUUU